CUUCCUCCCUUUUCCUCUUUUUAAAAAAUAAAUGAAUAAUUUUUUGGAAAAAAAAAGAAUCUAAUGCAAGAAAGAGUUCAAGCUUAGUUCAACUCACAUUCCAGGGACCAUUACUUAAGUCUUAACAUGUUUUUCAGUGUUGUAACUUUCUCCUGGUUUGGUCUUUUAAUUUGAUCUGUUUCCUUGUGCAUAUCAGCAGUCAGACAUUUUUGAAUCUCAGAAAAACUUGUUCACUGCAAGGACAAGAAGGGGGAAGAGAGGUAGAAGUGAUUAUUUCAUUCCUCAUUAGCCCCUGAAAUUCAGGUUUUCCUGCCUCACAUCCUUGUACACCCUGUUCUUCUCCCUUGAGGAACUUCUUAUGAUUAUAAAUUAUGUCCGUAUAUAUUUAGUGCCAAUCUUCUUUAGCAGAAUGCAAAUUUAUGAUGGUUUUAUUUGCCAUUUCACCCCUAGAGGUAAGCAUAGUCCCAACCAUAUAGUUGGCCUACAAUAAAUAUCAAUGGAAUGAAGACUCAGGAUAGAAAAAUAUGUGUCCCCCAUAAUGAGGCCCUCAGAGGCUGGGCCAAGGAGGUGUCUCGGGCCAUUGUCCUGAGACCCUGACGUGGUGCUGGAAGGGUGAAUGCCAUAGGGUUCUGCCCUGGUGCUCCAGUCUCCCCCCUUCACAGGGUCAUUCAGUCAACCACGCCUCAUGCAAAAUUUGGCGAGUGGCUCUGAGGGAAAGAAUCUCAUUUUCUCAGGUUCUCUUCCUGCCUGUCAUCUCCUUUCCUCCCUCUUUCUUUCUAGCCCUGUGUCUCAAACUCACCUGGAGCUCUUUCCUUCCCCACACCACCUCCUCCAGCAGGUGGCCUGACUUAACACUCAACAGGGGCUACAGACUCUGACUGCCACGGCUGCAGCUUUGCUGAGGGAUUACUUCAGGACCAUGUGCUUACUCCAGCCUGGACUACACUCAGCAAGGGAACACGGUCAUGGCCUCUGACCCACAUUUCCGGGCCACUGAAGAUGAGCGUCCUCAUUUUUUGUUGAGGCAUUGUUGGUCUCCCACCACCAGGGUUCGAUUGGUUCCCUCUAUCUGUUCAAUCUUCUGUAGAAGGCAUAGACAGAUGGACAUAGAUGUCCAGGAGGGUCUUCCAGAAAUGGGAGGAAAGCUGAGGGUCUCAUUCAGAGAGGUUCUCUUUGGAGAGAUGGAAGGUGCAAAUAGUAUCCUAGCAGGACUUGUGAAAUUGGUGAAGGAAGUAAAAGGCUCAAGUGAGUCAUCUUGAUUGGGGGUGAGUGGGUUACCUACAGUCUCUCUUUGAGGUGCCCAAUGAAAUAGAACAAGAGGCCAUUUUCUUGGCGUCCUGGGUUGGAACAACUAUAGUAGGACCUCAUUUACUCAAGUUCUCUGGUGGAUCUUUCUUUUCCAUUCCUGUGCAUUGAGAAGCAAGGGCUUGUGCAGGCCCCUGGUGCAGUGCUGGGGUUUCUGUUACAAGACAGGUAGCAGAGGACUCUCUUAGGCUUAGCUCGGGUCUACUUGCUUGGUCCACCAUGUUUGUUGCUGAAAACAUGAGCUGCUCAAAUUUCAGAAUGUUUGCUAUGCAGGUGACUCAGGUAGUAUGUUAGUGAAUGUUAAGCUCUUAUAUGUAGGGUUCUUUCUUCUGGAUAAAUGAUUUCCAUUGUCUUUCCUUGCGAAUCAUGGCCAAAGUGAGCCUUUAUUACUUAUAGAGUGUGUCCUGUUCUUUAUGUUUAUUGCUGUGAAAAAGGUUGAGAGUCCCCAGGUGGAAUACAGAGAGUGGUUUGCAGCUUGCUUCUCCUCAUAGAAUCUGGACUCUGAAGUGGGACAGGAGUGGGUGCAGAGGGUCCUGGGACUCUUGUGCCUCUGGGAAAACAACAAUGGAGUCCUGGAUGAAGGGUCUGGUCACACACAAAAAGUCAAGCGCCAGGAGAAGCUUGACCUGGAGAACUGCCGGACACAAAAUCAUCAGGAGAUCCCACUUGAUUACAACAUUAACGACUUCUUGAGUAAGACUAAAUGUGCUAGACAUAAAGAGUGCCUUUUGAGAAUAUUUCUCAAGCCUUGUUAUAUGACCUGUGCUCCCAGGGGCAUUGUGGGUUGAUCUACCCACACGGAGCGUGCUCAAGACUGAGCAGAGAAAAGCAACAUUGUCCAGAUGGGUGACCGUAAAUUAAAGCAGUCCAGCUCUGGCCAUCAGCUCUCAGGAGUACGGGACCUGUCACGUGAUGAACCUGUCACAGGAUGAGUUCACCAAAAGCCCCCCUGAUCACAGACCUCCCUCAGAAUACAAAAUACCCCAAAGAUAUCAGAAACCAUCUCCUGUUCUUCUCCCCACUUCUGUGGACUACACUGCUAGCUCCCUCCCCUGUCCAUUACCCCUGUCCCAAUGUUCAGUUUUGCAGGCCAGGGGUCCUUUUGCAAUUGUUGAACAGCUUGUGGGUAAGAAGCACAAAAAUUAGUUUUUUUUACACAAAGUGGUCAAUACUGGCACAGUUCCUUUUUUUUUUUUAUCUUUUCAAAGAAAACAAGCACCAUGGAAUGUGUCUCACUAGCCAGUAAAGUGGAGAUAUGGGAACUCCUCCAUCCUGGAAGGCCCACAGAGAGGCCUUAGCUGCCCCCCAGGCACAGCGUUAGAUCUCUUCACAGUGUCUGGGCUGUGGCAGGAGACCCAGACAGCAGACCCAGUGGGAGGACAGCGCUGCUUUUUCAGCCCUGUCUCAGAUGUUGGGGGGCACUUAUUCACCAAGGAGCUGAGCCCAGCCCUGGGUUGUCUGGCAUCAGGAUCUCUUUAUGGGGACAUUCAAGACUGGUGACUUGCACCGGGCUGACAUUAUACUGAGUGUGAAACUGGAGGGCUCCAGGCCAGUGCACAGAUGGGGAGCCAGGAACUGGAGAAAGGGCAGUCCCCACUCCAGCCAUUAAGACAGAGGUAACCACCUGCCCUUGUGGGGCCAGCCCCAUUCUGGGCCACAGCCCACACCGGUUCGGUUCGUGAACCAGGACAGGUUAUCAGAGGCCAGAGCUGGGCAUAGUCAGACGUGUGCCUGAGGGCUUAUGCCAGGGUUUAAAUUCACAGGCCUGAGACUAGAAAGAGUGCAGAUCAGUCCUAAUAUCUCUCGUAUUUCUGUUUUGUUCUCAUGCUUGUGCUUCCAGGUCCAGUACUAAGCAGAGCCACAAGACAAGGUUGUCAGCUGAGCUGGGUCCAGAAAUCCCCUCCCCUUAAGGAGUCCCAAGUCACCCUGUCCUUGCCCUUUGCUCUCUGAUCUGUCUUUCCCAUCAGGGCUCAGCCUCUUCCCCAGGCUGAGCCCCACACCCAUGAGGAGGACUUUUCUACUGGUAUAGCUCAAUCCAAGCCAUGAACAUAGCUGGGAAAUAGGAACUCUAUAUCAUGACCUCAGAAGAAAGGAUACGGUCUGAAACUGCAGACCUUCUCCCCCCUCAUCAGCAGUUGGAGACCCUGCCCCUUAGGUAUCUAAAACAGGGGGUCCUCCUGCCACUAUUCUUUCCCCCAGCAGUGGGGUGAAGUGAGGGAGGGGAGGUCUCCUUCUGCACCCCACCAAGGGUCAUCUCAAGGUGAGACAGUAAAGCUGCCUCAGACACCACUGGCUGAGCCUGGUAGGGAGGCAGCACUUUUCAGGCCCCCUGGCCUCCCUCCCCACCCCAAUCUAUGUCGGCCCUUUCAGGGGCUCUUAGUGGAAAUGAGCUCAGACCGGCGAUGGAGUCUGCCAGCCUCCUCUCCUCCCAGCUCCUCCCAUUGCUCUUUUAUCACCUCUUCAGUCUCACUUGACUCAGGAGCAUCCCUCCAUCAGGCUCUGUCUGCAAGCAGCUCUCUCCUCCCUGCAGCACUCACCUCUUUCACCCCUCCUUCCUUCCCCGCCCCCACCUCUCCACAGUGUCCUCAUUUCCCCCUUCUCCCCUUCCUCCCUGCUCAAACCCCUGCCUCACAGCGCCAUCCCACCCCUUUCUUCUUGUCUCCACAGCAGAAGGGAGAGAAAGAGAGUCCCUUGGCAGGAUUGAUGAUCAUCCCCACCUCCUCCUCCUCGUCUGUUCCCUCCCCCAAGCGGCCACAGAGUCCCCUACAAAAGGCAGGAGCAGAGGCCUUGCAAGACCAGCUGCUCUCAGACUCCCUUUGCCCUCUGCUGGCUUGGCUGGGCUGGGCCUUUGCUCCCUCUUUCUCCAGGUGAGAGUGGGUACCUGAGGUGUCAGGUCCCCCACCUUAUUCCCCAUGAGCACUGUGGAAAGUCCCGAGGGGCAGGAGCUGCAAAAUCUGGGGAGAGAAGCCUGGGACAACCCUGCCUACAGUGGCCCUCCCUCCCCACAUGGGAUGCUGAGGAUCUGCACCAUCUCCAGUGCGGUGCGCCCCCAGCCCCAGCCCAAGAAGCCUGAAGAUGGACCCCAGGAGAAGGCACACAGGACCCUGGUGUCCAGCUGCUGCCUCCAGAUUUUUCGAGGCAUCAGAGGACUUUGGGGAACAACCCUGACUGAGAACACAGCUGAGAACCGGGAACUUUAUAUCAAAACCACCCUGCGGGAGCUUUUGGUAUACAUCGUGUUCCUGGUGGACAUCUGCCUCUUGACCUACGGAAUGACAAGCUCCAGUGCCUAUUACUACACCAAAGUGAUGUCUGACCUCUUCUUACAUACCUCAUCAGAUACCAGAGUCUCCUUCCAGGCCAUCAGCAGCAUGGCAGACUUCUGGAACUUUGCCCAGGGCCCACUACUGGACAGUUUGUAUUGGACCAAAUGGUACAACAAUCAGAGCCUGGGCCACGGCUCCCACUCCUUCAUCUACUAUGAGAACAUGCUGCUGGGGGUUCCCAGGCUGCGGCAGCUGAGGGUCCGCAAUGACUCCUGUGUGGUGCACGAGGACUUCCGCGAGGACAUUUUGAGCUGCUAUGACGUCUACUCUCCGGACAAGGAAGAGCAGCUCCCCUUCGGGCCCCUCAAUGGCACAGCGUGGACAUACCACUCACAGAAUGAACUGGGGGGCUCCUCUCACUGGGGCCAGCUCACAAGCUACAGUGGAGGUGGCUACUACCUGGACCUUCCGGGAUCCCGACAGGGCAGUGCAGAGGUCCUCCGGGAACUUCAGGAGGCCCUGUGGCUAGACAGGGGCACUCGGGUGGUUUUCAUCGACUUCUCAGUCUACAAUGCCAACAUCAAUCUUUUCUGUGUUCUGAGACUGGUGGUGGAGUUUCCAGCUACAGGAGGUGCCAUCCCAUCCUGGCAAAUUCGCACAGUUAAGCUGAUUCGCUAUGUCAGCAACUGGGACUUCUUUAUUGUUGGCUGUGAGAUCAUCUUCUGCGUCUUUAUCUUCUACUAUGUGGUGGAGGAGAUCCUGGAGCUCCAUAUCCACCGACUUCGCUACCUCAGCAGCAUCUGGAACAUUCUGGACCUGGUGGUCAUCUUGCUGUCCAUUUUGGCUGUGGGCUUCCACAUAUUCCGGACCCUGGAGGUGAAUCGGCUGAUGGGGAAGCUCCUGCAGCAGCCAAACACGUAUGCUGACUUCGAGUUCCUCGCCUUCUGGCAGACGCAGUACAACAACAUGAACGCUGUCAACCUGUUCUUUGCCUGGAUCAAGAUCUUCAAGUACAUCAGCUUCAACAAAACCAUGACUCAGCUCUCCUCCACGCUGGCCCGCUGUGCCAAGGACAUCCUGGGCUUCGCUGUCAUGUUCUUCAUCGUUUUUUUCGCCUACGCCCAGCUUGGCUACCUGCUUUUUGGGACCCAAGUGGAAAACUUUAGCACUUUCAUCAAGUGCAUUUUCACUCAGUUCCGGAUCAUCCUUGGGGACUUCGACUACAAUGCUAUCGACAAUGCCAACCGCAUCCUGGGACCUGCCUACUUCGUCACCUACGUCUUUUUCGUUUUCUUUGUGCUCUUGAAUAUGUUCCUUGCCAUCAUCAAUGACACAUAUUCAGAGGUCAAAGAGGAGUUGGCUGGACAGAAGGAUGAGUUACAAAUUUCUGACCUCCUGAAACAGGGCUACAACAAGACCCUAAUGAGGCUGCGUCUCAGGAAGGAACAGGUUUCAGAUGUGCAGAAGGUCCUGCAGGGUGGGGAGCAGGAGAUCCAGUUUGAGGAUUUCACCAACACCUUAAGGGAACUGGGGCACGCAGAGCAUGAGAUCACUGAGCUCACGGCCACCUUCACCAGGUUUGACCAAGAUGGGAAUCGUGUCCUAGAUGAGAAGGAGCAGGAACAAAUGCGACAGGACCUGGAAGAGCAGAGGGUGGCCCUCAAUGCUGAGAUUGAGAACCUGGGCCGAUCCAUUGUGAAGAAUCCACCAGGCAAGUUGGGUCCAGAGGCUACUGGAGCAGGUGGCUGGGUUUCCGGAGAAGAAUUCUACAUACUCACAAGGAGAGUUCUGCAGCUGGAGACUGUCCUGGAAGGAGUCAUGGCCCAGGUUGAUGCUGUGGGCUCAAAGCUAAAAAUGCUGGAGAGGAAGGGACAGCUGGCUCCUUCCCCAGGCAGGGGGGAACAGGCAUUGGGGACCACCUGCAGCCAGCCCCAGCCGUGACUCCAGCCCCCUGGGGAUUCCAGGGUGGGCAGAACAGUGGUUGCGGAGGGGUCCUAAAGCACAAGACAGCAGGCUUCUCUCUCACUGCCUCCCCAGAGGCCCCCUCUGCAUGUACCCUCCACUUCUAGGGCAACAGUUC